CACGCCAACACUUCGCAUCAAGAACGGCAUUUUACCAAACAUAUAUUUAAUUUCAAUUCGUAAACGUACUCACAAUGUCGAAACGAGGCGUGGAUGUGAUAGAGGAUCCGUCCGCACCCUUGAAAGCUGGCGAACGUCCCGUUGCUGAUGCCCCGCCUGAUGAAGUGGGGGAAUUCGAAGACGAGUUUGAGGAUGAGUUCGAGAGCGAAGAUGAGAUCCUCGAGGCUGGGGUUGACGGGCGUCCAGAUGCAGAAAGGGAGGCAGAGGAGCAAAGGGAUGCCAUGGAUGUCGAUAAGCAGACUUUUAUACCAGGUCGAACAAAACUAGCACCCGGGGAGACAUUAUCUCCAGACCCUUCUACUUAUGAAAUGCUCCACACACUCAGCACACCGUGGCCGUGCCUGUCAUUCGAUAUAGUAAAAGAUGGACUGGGCGACAAGCGGAAAACAUAUCCGGCCACGGUAUAUGCUGUAGCUGGAACGCAAGCGGAUAGAUCUCGUUUGAAGGACAACGAAUUGAUGGUUCUCAAAUUGAGUGGGCUUAGCAAGAUGGAGCGGGAUAACGACUCGGGGAGCGAUGACGAGUCCGACGACGAAUCUUCAGAGCCCAUCCUCGAAUCAAAAUCUAUUCCCCUGAACUGUACAACAAACAGAAUCCGCACUCAUCAGACACCGUCUUCCUCCGGAGACUACACCAAACUACCUCAGACCAUCACUGCAUCCAUGCUUGAAAAUUCUCAGGUUGUGAUCCACGACGUCACCCCCUUUCUUUCCACAUUUGAUAACCCUGGCUCAAUCCUCCCUCCUUCUGCCUCGAAACCUCUGUCUACUCUGCGAAUGCACAAAUCGGAGGGAUAUGCCGUAGACUGGUCACCUCUGCACCCCUUGGGCAAACUCCUGACUGGCGAUAACGACGGGUUAAUAUACUCCACUACUCGUACUGAGGGAGGCGGCUGGGUGACAGACACACGUCCAUUCGUCGGGCAUACUUCCUCUGUCGAAGAACUGCAAUGGUCUCCAAACGAACGCAAUGUUUUCGCAUCCGCAAGCAGCGACGGAACCGUCAAGGUAUGGGACGUGCGAUCCAAGUCGCGAAAAGCAGCAGUAGAUGUCAAGAUAUCCAAUACGGACGUGAAUGUGAUGAGCUGGUCACGGCAGACGUUCCAUCUCCUGGCCACGGGAGCAGACGACGGCCAGUGGGGGGUGUGGGACCUGCGACACUGGAAACCUAAUACAUCCGGCGGUGCUUCGCUGCUUAAACCGAAGCCUGUUGCCUCUUUUGACUUCCACAAAGAGCCAGUCACAAGCAUAGAAUGGCAUCCGACAGAUGACAGUGUUAUUGCUGUUGCGUGUGCGGAUAAUACGCUGACACUGUGGGAUCUAGCUGUGGAGCUCGACGAUGAAGAGAGCCGCGAUGCUGGGUUUGCUGAUGUGCCGCCUCAGCUUCUCUUUGUACAUUAUAUGGAGUCAGUGAAGGAGCUGCAUUGGCAGGCGCAAAUGCCCGGGACUAUUAUGGCCACUGGAAGUGGUGGAUUUGGAGUGUUUAAAACCAUCAGUGUUUAA